AUGGCUAACGACGCACUAGCAGAGACAGGAGAAGGAGGAUCGUCCAACAAGGAAGUUGGAGGAUCUUCCUCAAUCAAGUGCCCGAUGCUAACCUCGUCCAACUACACGUUUUGGUCCAUACGGAUGAAGGCUCUACUAAAGGUUAACAAAGCAUGGGAUGUUAUAGACACGGGAUCCAUGGACGGAGAUAAAAACGAUAUGGCCAUAGCCCUAUUGUUCCAGUCUAUUCCUGAAACCCUUGUGCUACGCUUUGGGGAGUUGACUUCGGCAAAGAAGGUAUGGUUAGCCAUACAAACCGUACACGUUGGGCGGAUAGAGUGCAGGAAGCCAGGCUGCAGACACUGA